AAUAUUGCAAAGGAGACUACUGGAAGUCCAACAAUAAACAAGAAAGUUGCGACCUCACCAAGUACUGAAGGCCCCUCAAUCACAACUGAGAGUAUGGGAAAGGAGACUACUGCAAGUCCAACAACAAACAAGAAAGUUGCCACCUCACCAAUUACUGAAGCUCCUUCAAUCACAACUGAGAGUAUGGCAAAGGAGACUACUGAAAGUCCAAAAUCUGUUACACAUAGCACCUCAACUUAUACGCAAUCUACUGCUGGGAAGGAAACUCCAACCUCUGCAAUAACAAGUAUCUCAAGUGGUUCAACAACUAGCGCUGGUAAAGAAACUAGAAGCUCUGCAACUUCAACCGUUACAGGAACUACUUCUGGUAAACAAAAUACUAGCUCCGUGACGGAAAUCACAGCAUCAACUAAGGCACCAACUAGUGCUGUUAAGGAAACUUCAAGCUCUUCAUUAGAAAGUAUCUCAAGUGGUGCACCAACUGCUGCUGGUAAACAAACUGGAAGAUCUACAACUGAAAUCUUCUCAACUGAUGCAUUAAGUACUGUUGGUAAAGAGAAGACAAGCUCCACAAAAGAAGCCACAUCAACUGUUGCAUCAAGUACUUCCCGCUCUACAACAGAAAUARCCUCAAGCGAUGCAGCUACUACCAGCUCUGCGACAGAAAGAACUUCAACUAAAACACCAACUACUGUAGAUAAACAAAGUACCACCUUGGUAACAGAUAGCACAACAGCUAGCAAGACACAAACUACUGCUGGUGAAGAAACCAGCAGCACUGAAACGGAAAUCUUCUCAACUGAUGCCUUACCUACUGCUGGUAAGGAAAGUACAAGAUCUGUAAAAGAAAUCACGACAACUGUUGCACCAAGUACUUCUAUCUCUACAGCAGAAAUAGCUUCAAGAGAAGCAGGAACAAGAGAUGUAGGAACUACCAGCUCUGCUGGAGAAAGAACCUCGACUUACACACCAACUACUGCAGAUAAACAAAGUGCUACCUCGGUAACAGAUAGCACAGUAUCAACUAAGGCAGCAACUAGUGAUGGUAAGGCACGUACUACAUCUGUUACAGAUAGCACCUCAACUCAUACAGCAACUACUGCUGGAAAGGUAACUCCAAGCUCUGCAAUAGAAAGUACCUCAAGUGGUGCACCAAGUACUGCUGGUAAAGAAAGCAGCAGCUCUGUAACAGAAAUUACUUCAACCGAUGCAACAACUACUUCAGAUAAACAAACUAGUGCUGAACAUUUCACCGAAUCAAGUAAUGUUGAAGGGCAACGUUAUUCAACUACUYCAGGUAAAGAGGCUACUACCUUUGUAACAGGUAGUCCAGAAAUGACUGCUUCGUCACGUUCUACAUUAAAAGCUAGUGCUGGCUCUGUAACAGAUAGCUCGGUAGUUACUGAGGCCCCAACUACUGGUGAGAAGGAAACAACUUCCUAUAUCACAGAUACCACCACAACUAAUGAACCAACGACGGUUGGCAAAGAGGCGACAGGCGUCAUAGCUGCAACUACCGUAGCCACAAGUACUGGUGAUAAAGAAAGUACUGCCUUCUUUACGGAGAGCACAACAAUUAGUGCAAGAACUAUURCUGCUAAACAAAGGUCCAGCUCUGUAACGGAUAGCACAGCACCAACUACKUUUGUUAAAGAAACUUCAAGCUCUGCAAUAGAAAGUGCCUCAAGUGGUUCACCAACUUCUUCUGGUAAACAAACUGGUAGCUCUACAACGGACAUCUUGUCAACUGAUGCAUUACGUACUGCUGGUAAAGAAAGGACGAGCUCUGCACAAGAAAGCACAUCAACUGUUACAUCAAGUACUUCCAGCUCUUCAACAGAAAUAACUUCAAGCGAUACGUCUACUACCAGCUCUGCGACAGAAAGAACUUCAACUGACACACCAACUACUGCAGAUAAACAGAGUACCACCUCGGCAACGAAUAGCACAGCAGAAACAGCGGCAACAACUACUCCUGUUAAGGAACGUACUAUAUCUGUUACACAUAGCACCUCAACUCAUACAGCAACUAGUGCUGGAAAAGUAACUCCAAGCUCUGCAAUAGAAAGUACCUCAAGUGGUGCACCAACUACCGCUGGUAAAGAAACUAGCAGCUCCGUAACAGAAAUUACUUCAACCGAUGCAACAACCACUUCCGAUAAACAAACUUCCAGCUCUGCGACAGAGAGAUCCUCAGCUGUUUCACCAGCUACCAGAUCUUCCCCAAAGAUCACCACAACUCAUCCACCUGAUAGUGCUGAACAUUUCACCGAAUCAAGUAAUGUUGCAGGGCAACGUUUUUCAACUACUCCAGCUAAAGAAGCUACUACCAUUGUAACAGGUAUCCCAGGAAUAACUGAUUCGUCAAGUUCUACAGCAACUACUGGCUCUGAAACAGAUAGCUCAGUAGUUACUGAGUCCUCAACUACUGGCGAGAAGGAAACAAAUGCCGAAACAACAGAUACCACCACAACUAAUGAAGCAACGACGGUUGGCAAAGAGACGAUCGGCGUCACAGCUGCAACUACCGUUGCCCCAACUACUGGUGAUAAAGAAAGUACUGCCUCCUUUACGGAGAGCACAACAAUUACUGCAAGAACUAUUGCUGCUAAACAAAGUUCCAGCUAUGUAACGGAUAGCACAGCACCAACUACUGUUUUUAAAGAAACUUCAAGCUCUGCAAUAGAAAGUACCUCAAGUGCUGCACCAACUUCUGCUGGUAGACAAACUGGUAGCUCUACAACGGAGAUCUUGUCAACUGAUGCAUUACGUACUGCUGGUAAGGAAAGGACGAGCUCUGCAAAAGAAAUCACCUCAACUGUUACAUCAAGUACUUCCAGAUCUUCAACAGAAAUAACUCCAAGCGAUGCGUCUACUACCAGCUCUGCGACAGAAAGAACUUCUACUGACACACCAACUACUGUAGAUAAACAAAGUACCACCUUGAUAACGGAUAGCACAGCAGAAACAGAGGCAACAACUACUGCUGUUAAGGAACGUACUACAUCUGUUACACAUAGCACCUCAACUGAUACAGCAACUAGUGCUGGAAAGGUAACUCCAAGCUCUGCAAUAGAAAGUACCUCAAGUGGUGCACCAACUACCGCUGGUGAAGAAACUAGCAGCUCCGCAACAGAAAUUACUUCAACCGAUGAAACAACCACUUCCGAUAAACAAACUUCCAGCUCUGCGACAGAGAGAUCCUCAGCUGUUUCACCAGCUACCAGAUCUUCCCCAAAGAUCACCACAACUCAUCCACCUACUACUUCUGCUAAAGAAAGUACUGCAUCUUUAACAGAAAUUACCUCAACUCAAGCAAUGUGUACUUCCGGUAAGGAAAGUAGCAGUUCUGGAACAGACAGCACAACAAGUGAUGCACCAACUAGUGCUGGUACUCAGACUACAAUUUCUAUUAGAAACAUCACCUCAAGUGCUUUGCCAACUACUCUUGACAAACAAACUGGCAUAUUGGUAACUGAUAGCACAUCACCAACURAGGCACCAACUACAGGUUUUAAGGAAACCUCAAGCUCUGUWAUUGAAAGUAUCUCAAGUGUCGAGCCAACUUCUGCUGGUAAACAAACUGGGAGCUCUACAACGGAAAUCGUGUCAACUGAUGCAUUAAGUACUGCUGGUAAAGAAAGGACGAGCUCUGCAAAAGAAAUCACCUCAACUGUUGCAUCAAGUACUUCCAGCUCUCCAACAGAAAUAACUCCAAGCGAUGCGUCUACUACCAGCUCUGCGACAGAAAGAACUUCAACUGACACACCAACUACUGUAGAUAAACAAAGUAUCACCUCGGUAACAUAUAGCACUACAACAAGCAAGACCCCAACUACUGCUGUUAAAGAAACUAGCAGCACUGCAACGAACGUCUUUUCAACUGAUGUCUUAACAUCUGCUGGCAAGGAAAGUACAAGCUCUGCAAAAGAAAGCACCUCAACGGUUGCACCAAGUACUGCAGAAAUAACCUCAAGCGAUGCAGCUACUGAGAGUUCUGCUGUAGUAAGAACCUCGACUAACACACCAAGUACUGCAGAUAAACAAAAUAGCACUUCARUAAUGGAUAGCACAUCAUCUACUAAUGCACCAACUAGCUCUGCAAGAGAAAGCACCUCAAGUGGGGCAACAACUACUGCUGGUAAGGAAACUAGCAGCACAGAAAGUACCAAUGCACCAACUACUUCUGGUAAACAAAGUCCUAGCUCUGCGACAGAGAGAUCCUCAGAUGUUUCACCAACUAUCAGCUCUGCGCCAAAGACCGCCUCAACUUAUCCACCUUCUACUGCUUCAGGCUCUGCAAUAGAAAAGACCUCAAGUGGUGCAGCAACAGAACUAAUUAUAAGCUCUCCUUUUCCUGAUAUUCGAGGCACAAGUAGUGCACCAACUGUCUCAGAUAAAGUUAUCGAAUUAGACCUACAUCUGACUGGCGAGACAUGGAAUGGUGACCUCCUGGACACAUCGACUGAAAUCUUUAAGGAAAUUGAAGUCAAAGUUAUUGAAAAUAUGAGGAACUUCUUUGAAAAUGUUCCUGCCUUCGAAAGAGUAGAAAUGGUCAUGUUUAGGCCUUUUGUGCAAGACGUUGAAGGAGUUGAAGCGCUCGUAAAGAUUGUCUUCAAUUCCUUGAAAGGCAAAGAGCUUCUUGAUUUGGUUGAGAGCAUUUUACGUUAUUCUACAAUAAGUGAGCUCCCUGUUAAUCUUUUGGCAAUUUUUUCAAGUGAUGUUCCACCAGCUCCAUUCAUCCAGACCAUCGCAAGUCCCGCUCCUUCAAAAGUGGUAAUAACGUGGGAUAUUGUAGAACCAACACCUACACAAGGACGAAUACUAGGAUAUCAAGUAUAUUACCGACAGGCGACCUCAAAAACAUGGAAACAGCAAAGAUGUUACGACUGUGAUGAAAUUGAACUAACACAACUUCUUCCUGGUGAAACAUACCACUUCCAUGUUGUGCCCUUUUCCCGCGAAGCGAGUGGGAUCCCAAGUGUUGCUGUUGAAACUGUUGUCAAAGGGCAGAAAAACACAGAAGGUCCUUCAAUCMGAACUGUGAUUACCACAAAAAAGGCUACUCUGAGUAAAACCAUAACCAAGGAUGGCCCUACCUCACCACGUUCUGUAGGUGCUUCAAUCACAACUAGGGCUACGGCAGAAGACACUACUGCAACUCCAUCAGCGAAGAAACCUGCAGCCUCACCAAGA